AUGGGUUCCUUAGCGUUACAGUUCUAUGUCUGGUCCACCGCUGAAAUCAUCAACGUCGAGGCAGACACGCCGAAACUAAUAGUGCUGCCACUGCAAAGGAGAACGAUGGAGGCUGUCACAACAGAGUCCGCACAUCAUAUCGGAAGUAAUAAGAGGGGAGUAGCGAAGGCGAAGGACAAGGAAGUCGAUCCAAAACAAAAACCAGGAGAUCCUCGGGUAUCGAUGGAUGCUGAAAAUUUCAAUAUAGUCAUGUGA